UUCCGACCCCCGAUGUAUAUAUCUUACAUUAACUCUCAUCACAUACCAUACCUGUCUAUUAAGGAACCGCCUUAUGUGUCUGUUUGUAUGCUCCUUCACCUUUUUCUGUUAUAUAAACACACAGCUUUUUGCAUCUCAUCAAUCUGAAAACUUUACUAGCUAGUGUUACUUUUAAUGACGAAAACUAGUGAUUAUUCACAAACAGCACCAAAUUGUCAAGAUUCAGAAUCAUCAUUUUCAGGUCAAUAUAAUGUUAAUGGAUCAGCCAUGCAAGCAAUCAAGAAGAGGAAAAGAGCAGCACUUCUUCAUUCACAUAAAAAGAGAAAAGAUAAUAAAAUCAAGAAAAGACUCUGGGCACUGCGAAGCCUGAUACCUAAUUGCACCCAGAUGGAUAAAGAAUCUGUCCUUGAUGAAGCUAUUGUGUACCUAAAAUGUCUUCAGCUUCAGUUACAGAUUAUGCCAACUUAUGCUGGAUUAUGUGUUCCACCAACACCCAUCACUUAUCCUCUGCAGUUGUAUGGUUUACCUCUUGCCGGAUUAACUGGAUAUCGAACCAGACUUGAGAUGCCAACACCACAACAACCAUGAAGAUCUUCAGCUGAAAUCAUGUCUUCCCAAAUGAAAUUUCUCGAGCAAUAGAUUUUUUAGACUAGCUAGUUGAAGUGUCAGUCCUUUGCUUGUUAGUUUGUGUUGACUUGAGAGCUCAUGUGUUUUAGAAAUGAUAUCUUCAUAUUCUGACUUCA